AUGGCCCUGCCUCUUCCCGCUGGACUGGUUCCCUCCGAGGUCUCGUUUCUCUGCGAAAUGGAGCUCGUCACAGUCGUUCCGCGACAAAAGCUGGAGAGCAUCGACCUCCUGACGGGCCCGACUCCCCAGCUUCGCCCCCCGCGGAGAAGCAAGAUCCCCCUCUGGUUCGCGCUCUUGCUCAAGAAGCAGCGUCGCGCCAACAUUGUCCCCCCGCCGUGGCUACACGCCGACUCUCUUCGCGACAUCAUCCACCACGAAACCAAGGUCGACACCAAAGGCUGGGCGCCGCCCCCGCCGCCACCGUCGCGCGCCGAUUCCCGCGGCAACGCGCGCCGCCUCAACGACCCCUUGUCCGACGACGAUGCCGUACUGUCGCCGCCGUUCUUGCCGAGCUGCACGGCCGACGCGCCGUCCGGCGCCUUGCCCUACCACUGGUUCGAGCUGGCCGAGAUGCUGCUUGCCCAUGCGGGCGAUGACAUCGUGUCCGCCUCCGAGGUUCGCUCGCUGCUGAGAGAUCUGCAGGAGGUCAGAGGGGCCAAGAUGAGGAGCAGCAUGGCCCAGCUGGAGAAUGGCGUCGAUGGGGUCAUGAGCCUGAGAGGCGUCGGGGCCAUGGAGCUGGCCGAGAGCAGGGGCUUCGUGACGAGCGUGGUAGAAGGGGUGAGGAAGCUCGGAGCGAGUGGCGAAGCCGUGAGGAGGGAGGAGGAGGAGGAGGAGGAGGAGGAGGAAGCCGCGGCGGCGGGCGGUGAUGAUGAUGGGCGGAGCGACGACGACAUGGGAUUAUGA